UAUGAAUAUCUGGCAACUCGUAAAGCUAGCGAUCCAUGAUGAACAUAUGCGGUAGUAGGAAGUGGUGAGGCGAGAGUGCAGGGAGGUUAAAGGGGACUGCAGGAUAUUUUAAAAUCCUUCAGAAUAAAUCGUCUUGAUAGCACAUGUCUAAAUAUAACACUGCUAAAGAUGUCACCAGAUGAAUUAGUCUACCUAGGGAUCCUUGCUGCAUCAAUUCCUGUAGGAUUCCUCUUCCGCUACCUAAGUCCUCCAGUCAAGCAGGGGGCAGCAUUACUGUUAGGUUUGAUCAUCUCGAUAGCAACCUGUGGGAUCCACACUCUACACUCUCUAUGUACAGUGUUAGGAACAUGGCUGAUUAUAAAGAUCAACUGGCGAAGUGCCCCUGCUCUGUCUUUGGGUUGGACGUUUCUGUACCUCCUCUUUUUCCGUCUGGUCACCUGGUUUGGCCUUCCUCAACCAACACCUUUUGCCAAUGCCAUUCAACUUCUUUUAACUUUGAAGAUGGUCAGUUUAGCCAAUGAGAUUCAAAGUUAUCACUUGGAAAAGAAAAAGGAAGUGAGCACCUUCACCAAAUCCCCAGUGGUGGGAGGACUUUCCCAUGAGCCUUCACUUUAUGACAUUAUAUCAUACAGCUACUGCUAUGUGGGCAUAAUGACAGGUCCCUUCUUCCGUUUUCAGACGUAUGCAGACUGGCUGCAGCAGUCUAGUCCUCUGUCAUUGCCGGGUAAAGAGCCCUGCUUUCAGAGGCUGAAGAUGGUGCCCAUUUACGGAGCUCUCUUCAUAGCCGUCAACUCCGUCUUUCCCUUGUCUUACGUCCGUACCGAUGAAUUCCUGGACCACAACUAUUUUUACAGGUUUUUCUACAUGGUGGCAAUUUUCUUUGUAUUCCGGAUGCGUUUCUACUCGGCGUGGUGUGGGGCAGAGGCUGGCUGCAUCAGUGCAGGUCUAGGCUGUUAUCCCCAGGGAGCGCUGUCCAAACCUGGAGGAGGGCCAACGGUGAAAUAUAGUCCUGAUCCAGACACAGUUGUGGAGUAUGACUUUAAAACGAUCCAGAACAUCGACUGUUAUAACACCGAUUUCUGUGUAAAGGUUCGACAUGGCAUGCGCUACUGGAACAUGACGGUACAGUGGUGGCUUCACCACUACAUCUAUCCCAAUGCUCCUUUCAGAGCGUAUGCUCUCAGGGCUGGAUGGACUAUGUUAAUCAGUGCUUAUUGGCAUGGCCUCCAUGCUGGUUACUACCUCUCCUUUCUCACUAUCCCACUGUGUAUUGCAGCAGAAUCGGCCAUGGAGGCAUCAGUCAGAGCUCGUCUAGGGCCAACAGGCCAAAAUGUCUUCGACUGGAUCCACUGGUUCCUCAAGAUGAGGGCUUACGACUGCAUGUGCAUGGGUUUUGUUCUCCUGAAGGCCAGCGACACCAUCAAUUACUGGAGCUCCAUAUACUUCAUAAUUCACAUCAUUGCUGUUGUUUGUAUAGGAGUAGGACAAGUGAUGAAAGGAGGUAAAAAGAGAGAGAGAAGGGAUGGAGUGGAAGGAUUGAAAGAGGAUGUGGUAAGAGAGAAAGCUGAGUGAUGCCAUGAUCAUGCUGAUAACCGGAGAGAUGGUAUGUUUACAACAUGCACUGUAGUAGCCAUCAACUGCCAUUCAAGGUAUUUUGCAUUUAUAAACCAACACAGAAAUGUAAUACACGGUGAGCCCAAGGACAUCAGUCUGUAUUUUAUUAACAGUGAAAACGGCAUCAAAUAUUUUCCAUAAUUAUGAUGAUUCUAAUGUUGGCAUUUAUUUUAUUACAUAUGUUGUAUUUUUUAUUAUCUGAUGAUAAACAGUGCAGCCGUAUAGAUAAAUUCCUACCAGGUCAGUUUUGCUUCAAAUUGUAUUCUUUAUUUGCUUUAAACAAUUGGAAAGCAGGUUUGUAUUGUAUUUUAAUACAGUUUUCUGCUCAUCGGUGACCUUGGGACUCAAAUGAAUCUCCCACACACAGAGUAUUUAUAACUGAAUCCAUCCAUAAAAGAAUGAUAAUAAUAAUGUUGGACCAGUAUCACUACUUUGAGCACAAAUUUGUGGAGAUUUACUCUUUCUGUUAUCGUGUCUUUGAGGUAAUACAUCCUUUAUGAUAAGGUGUAUGUAUUGCCAUUAAAAGUAAGUCUGUCAUGUUUGAUGGGAUGAGUAUCCAUUGAUGGUUAAUGUAUGUGUCAUACGCAUCAAUAUUACUAUAAUAAUUCUACAAAGAAUGUGAAAGUAGUUGGUAACUUAAAUUUUUUUUCACUUUUUCAAAAAGUAGCAGUGAAGGUUUCUGCUGUGUUGUUCAUCAUUUGUUUUCCAGUUUGAUACCACAUGAUGUAAAGUGCAUCUUAAAAUGCAAGCUAAACUUUUGCACCAAUUAACAUGUUACAAAGAUUUUCUCAAAAGAGCUCAAAAGUUGUGUUUCUUAUAAAAUCUAAUUAUAAUGAACAGUCCUAUUUUAAAACAUUUAGAUUAUUUUGUCCUUAUACACUGGAUGGUAGCACUGGUGUUUAGUUUAUUGAUCCGUUCAGAUUGUAUCCUGUUUUUUACCUGCUAUGUUGUAUCUAAUGUUUACUUUCUGGAGUAUUAAAUACAGGAUUUUCCGCUCCAAA